AACACGACUCAAUCUCUUGUCAUAGAUCUCAUCCUCCAUAACAACAUCUUCCCAAACACUCGUUCUUGCUGUUUCUUUUGAAUCUUUCAUUCUUCAAAUUGAACUUUCUUCUGUUAUGGCCAACUUCGUGUAAAAUUGUCACAGUGGAAAUGGGUGAUGAUCCAGGAGGAAAGCAUAGAAUACUGAUGGUUUCAGAUUUUUUCUAUCCCAACUUUGGUGGCGUCGAGAAUCACAUUUAUUAUCUCUCACAAUGUUUACUCAACUUAGGACACAAGGUGGUAGUUGCAACUCAUGCUUAUGGAAAUCGGUCCGGGGUUAGAUAUAUGACUGGUGGUUUGAAAGUAUACUAUGUUCCAUGGAGACCAUUUGUUAUGCAGAAUACGUUCCCAACCAUCUAUGGGUUAUUACCAAUUAUAAGAACUAUUCUUAUACGAGAAAGGAUUACAGUGGUACAUGGACAUCAAGCCUUUUCUACGUUUUGUCAUGAAGCUCUUAUGCAUGCAAGAACCAUGGGAUACAAGGUUGUGUUUACAGAUCAUUCGCUCUAUGGUUUUGCUGAUAUUGGAAGCAUCCAUAUGAAUAAGGUGUUGCAGUUUACCUUGGCAGACGUGACUCAAGCCAUCUGUGUUUCUCAUACAAGCAAGGAAAAUACCGUGUUGAGGUCAGGUUUGCCGCCAGAGAAAGUUUUUGUAAUACCUAAUGCUGUUGACACUUCCAUGUUCAAGCCAGCAGCUGCUUGUCCAAGAACAUUGGAAGAGAUCGUUAUUGUUGUUAUCAGCCGGUUGGUUUAUCGGAAGGGGGUUGAUUUGCUUGUCGAAGUCAUCCCAGAAGUAUGCCGGUUACAUCCCAAUGUUCGCUUCAUUGUUGGAGGUGAUGGAGCUAAGCGCGUGCGGUUGGAAGAGAUGAGAGAAAAGCAUUCUCUUCAAGAUCGAGUAGAAAUGUUGGGAGCUGUGCCACAUGCACAAGUCCGAUCUGUCCUAAUAAGUGGGCAUAUCUUCUUAAAUAGUUCCUUAACAGAAGCUUUUUGCAUAGCUAUAUUAGAGGCGGCUAGUUGUGGAUUGUUAACAGUCAGCACGCGUGUUGGUGGAGUUCCUGAGGUUUUGCCAGAUGACAUGGUUGUUUUAGCAGAACCUGAUCCGAGUGAUAUGGUGUAUGCAAUACAAAAGGCCAUAUAUAUGCUGCCAAAAAUUGAUCCACAAGAUAUGCAUAAUCGAAUGAGGGAGCUCUACGACUGGAAUGAUGUUGCCAAAAGAACUGAAAUUGUGUAUGACCGUGCUCUAAAGUGUUCGAAUCAAAAUCUACUAGAGCGUCUCUCACGAUACCUCGCAUGUGGAGCGUGGGCAGGGAAGCUGUUUUGCUUGGUUAUGAUUGUUGGUUAUCUGUUUUGGCAGCUAUUGGAACUAUGGCAGCCUGCAGAUGAUAUUGAGGAGGUUCCGGAUUUCACUCUUCCACACAACCAUGAUGACGACAUAUUGGAAAAUGCACAAUGAUAUCAAUGGAGUGUUUUGGUGUACCACGAAGCUAUGUUUUGCUCACUAAUCUGAAAUGCAGAAGAAUACUGACGGUGUUGUAAUAGCUGCACUCCAUCCGGUUCACAGACCUUGAAAAGGAGAUAAUUAUUAGUCCUUUGCAUUGUCGGUCGAGGCCCUUGCGUGUGUCUGAAAUUAGAAGCCGGAAGCACUCUUAUUGCGAUAUAGAGAACUAAGGUAAGCUAUGUUAAUGUUUAUGUCAAUGUUUUUAGCAUUGUUUUUUUGAGCUUAGUCAUACACAUUAAUUCAGCCUGUAAAUUAAGGUUCUGAAUAUUUUUGUAGCAUUCUUCUUAAGUCUUACUACUUGUUAAUUUGAGAUCAAAUGUUUAGUUGACAAUUUCCUUAACUUAGUUGUAACUUAUCUCAACUCAAUCACCAAUUCAGAUCAA